ACCGGGAAAGUCGCCACGGUCCCUGCGAUGCUAGGGCAGCUUGGAGGCCGCGAUGGAGACUCUUAUAUCUCAAUUGGAUCCACUUCGGACGGUGGUUCAAUGGUAGCGGUGUACAGCGGGUCGCAACUGCCUCAAAGUUCACCGCAAUUUCCCCCCAGGAUUAAAUUUUUUCUUCGGCUUGUUCGCAGCCCGGGAAUAACUUUCCUUCUUCAACCAACAUGAAGAAGUUCUACGGCCUCACAGGCCUUAAACUCAACAUCGCCAUCGCCAUUGUGGCAGGCACUGAUUUCGCCCUGUUCGGCUAUGAUCAGGGUGUUAUGGGUGGCCUCCUCACGCUGCCCUCCUUCCUAGCUCACUUUCCUCAAAUCGACACUGCAAACCCGCCGCCGGGAAGCAACCCCAGCCAUGCCUCCAACAUCCAGGGCAUCACCGUCGGCGGAUACACACUCGGCUGCUUCUUCGGCGCUGUCGCGACCAUCUGGCUCGGUAACAUGCUCGGACGUAAACGCACUAUUUUCACCGGAAGUUCCAUUAUGGUCAUUGGGGCCAUCCUGCAGGCUUCUUCGUUUGGCCUGCCCCAGCUUAUCGUUGGGCGAUUGAUUACGGGCUUCGGGAACGGCAUGAAUACGUCCACUGUACCGACGUGGCAGGCUGAGACUUCCAAGUCCCAUCGACGUGGGCAGAUGGUCAUGAUAGAGGGCUCCCUCAUUGUUUUCGGCGUCAUGCUCAGUUACUGGCUUGAUCUCGGCUUCUCCUUCCUCGAACCCAGCACCAUCUCCUGGCGCUUCCCCAUCGCCUUCCAGAUUGUCCUCGCCCUCUUCAUCCUCGCCACUAUCCCGGGUCUCCCUGAAUCCCCCCGAUGGCUCGUCCUUAAAGGGAGGGAAGAUGCCGCCCUUCAAGUGCUUUGUGCGCUUAGCGACCUCCCGCCCGAGGACAAGAAGAUUCAGAGCGAAUUCCAGGCCGUCAAGGAUACGGUGUUUGAGAUGUCGAGAGGAGGGUUCAAGGAUUGCUUUAAGAUGAAUCGGAAUCGGAACUUUCAUCGGACGGCGCUGGCUUAUGUCAACCAGAUGUUUCAGCAGAUCAGCGGUAUCAAUAUUAUUACGUACUACGCCGCGACAAUCUUCGAGCAAAACAUCGGUCUUUCCGGCUUUCUCAGCCGCCUGCUGGCUGCUUGCAAUGGCACGGAGUAUUGGAUGGCAUCCUGGAUCGCCAUCUUUACCAUCGAAAAAUUCGGGCGACGUUCGCUCAUGAUCUUUGGCGCUGCAGGCCAGGCAGCAUCGAUGGCCGUCCUAGCCGGCACAACCAGUAAAGUCAGCACCGGUAUGGGUAUCACAGCGGCUGUGUUCCUCUUCGUGUUCAACUCUUUCUUCGCCAUAGGCUGGCUCGGGAUGACAUGGCUAUACCCCGCCGAGAUCACACCCCUCAGCAUCCGUGCCCCAGCUAACGCUAUUUCCACGACCGCAAACUGGAUCUUCAAUUUCAUGGUCGUAAUGGUCACACCCGUUGCCUUCGCCAACAUCGGGUACAAGACCUACGUCAUCUUCGCCGUAAUCAACGCCUUCAUGGUCCCCUGCGUGUACUUCUUCUUUCCCGAAACCGCCUACCGCUCGCUCGAGGAAAUGGACGAGAUCUUCCACAAGACGACGAACGCGUUCAACGUGGUCCAGAUCGCAAAUGACUUGCCGCAUCGCUACGAUAAGCAUGGCGAGCUGCUGAUCAGCUACGAGGAGACGGAGGAGGCACAUGUGAUGGCUGAGAGGAGAAGGAGCAGUAUUGCGGCCCAGGGAGGUAUGCCGACGGGGAUGAUGAAUGGUGUUAAUGGAGUGGGGGAUGAGGAGAAGGGAGCUAGGGAGUAUAAGGAGUGAGAGGAAUACACUGAGGAAGAAGUGUAUAGGAGGGACAGGACGGGCAUGGCUGAGGCAUAGGCUUACAUCACUCACUGCGAGGGCUUAUAUGCAGUCCUUCGUGCAUAGCCUGGCCGCUAAGUACUUGUGGUCACUUUACAUUCGUGUGCUUGUCUACAUAUAUGCAUUUCCAUCGGUAAUUGGGCAACGGAGCCUGAAGUCAUAUCAAUCUAAGUCGAGGAGAAAAACUUACAGUCUGA